CAAAUCCUUAAAUUAGUUUUACACAGUGCUUUGAUGGAGCCAGUGGGCCUGGCCAAAGCCUGCACUAAAGCAUUUAAGAGGGUGGAUAACCCAGGCGGGUACACUUGGAGGUUGACUCCCCCGGAUGUGAAGGAGUUGUACUAUGCCGAAUUACAGGUAUGAUUGAAUUUAUAGUGCAUAUAAAAAUAUUUGAUAAUCUAUUGUAAAAUGUUAUAUAUUAAAUUAACUAUUUCAUUCAACAGAAAGAGUUUUCUUGGUCGCCUGCGGACGAGCUUGAGGUCAGGGCCAUGUGGGAGGUUAAAGCCAGCAAGAGGUACAGUGACAUGAUGAGCGACUACAAGAGGAAGCUCAUGGCUCAUACCGAUGCAGGUCGGGAGAUGGAUAGACCCGUCUGGAUGUCUGCCGAAUUCUGGACAGGACUCAAGGCAUACUAGAGUCAGGAGGCUGUUCAGGCCGUUUCCGAGCGAGCACGUGCGAACCGGAUGUCUGAGCCCGAUGGACCCGGUACUGGGAUCAGCAGGCACGUGGGAGGGUCUCGGUCCACUCGUGUCCUGCAGCAGAGUCUGAGCUUGGACACUGGACUCCCCCUGACUGCACAGAACUAUAGCACUUUCCUCCGCCUCCACAUGCGCGAGGAUGGAUCUUUUCUGUCACAGAGGGAUGCGGACAUUGAUGCGGAGAUUCGUCGCAUUGCUGUUGAGACUGGGCGAGAGGACCGGCUGCCUGAGAUCUACUUGGAGGUCGUACGGCCCGACAGGUCCCGGCUCUACGGCACUGGAAGUGCCGGUAGGAGCCAGGUUAGUAGGGGGUCUUCUCAAAGCACAGACACUUCCAUGAUGUCUCAGCAGAUGUAUGAGACACGGAUCUCCACGCUUGAAGAGCGCCUACUGGCCGAACAAGCAGAACGUGAGGCCCUCCAGCAGCGUAUGGCUGAAAUCGAGGCGUUCAUGAGGCGGUCGGGUCAGCUACCUUGA